GCACGCCGAGACCUCCCCUCACGCCCGCCCCGUCACCGCCCCUCCGCGGGCCGCCUCCCGCCACCCGGCCGCGCCUGCGCAUCGCGGGAGCGGGCCGCCAUGGCGCAGCCGGGCCGGGCCAGCCUGAAGGAACAGCGAUACGACCGGCAGCUCAGAUUGUGGGGUGAUCAUGGGCAAGAAGCUUUAGAAUCUGCCCACGUUUGUGUGAUAAAUGCAACGGCCACAGGAACUGAAAUACUGAAAAACUUGGUGCUACCAGGUAUUGGUUCAUUUACAAUUGUGGAUGGAAAUCGGGUCUCUGGAGAAGAUGUUGGAAAUAAUUUUUUUCUGCAAAAAAGCCAUAUUGGUCAGAGUCGCGCCCAGAGUGCCACUGAGCUUUUGCAGGAAUUGAAUAACGAUGUUUCUGGAAACUUUGUGGAAGAGAGUCCAGAAAAUCUUCUAGACAAUGACCCUUCCUUUUUCAAUCGGUUUAACUUAGUGGUUGCAACACAACUACCAGAAAGUACAUUGCUGCGUUUAGCUGAACUUCUCUGGAAUUCUAAUGUUCCUCUGCUGGUCUGUAGGACUUAUGGACUGGUUGGUUACAUGAGAGUCAUCAUCAAAGAACAUCCAGUUGUUGAAUCUCAUCCUGACAAUGCAUUGGAAGAUCUGAGACUGGACAAGCCAUUUCCAGAACUGAGAGAACACAUUCAGUCUUAUGACUUGGAUUGUAUGGACAAAAAGGACCAUAGCCACACUCCAUGGAUUGUGAUUGUAGCCAAGUAUCUAACAAAAUGGUUCAAUGAGAAAAGUGAUCAGUUGCCUAAGACUUACAAGGAAAAAGAAGCCUUCAGACAACUGAUUCGGCAAGGUAUCUUAAAGAAUGAAAAUGGGAUCCCAGAAGAUGAGGAAAACUUUGAAGAAGCUAUAAAAAAUGUGAACUCGGCAUUAAGUACUACAAAGAUUCCAAGAUGCAUUGAAGAAAUUUUUAAUGAUGAUUGCUGCAUAAAUCUCACAGAGCAGUCACCCUCCUUCUGGGUUUUGGUUCGAGCUCUGAAGGAAUUUGUGGCAAAUGAGGGGCAAGGAAGCUUACCUGUCCGGGGCACUAUUCCAGAUAUGAUAGCAGAUUCCAAUAAAUUUAUCAGAUUGCAAAAUGUGUACCGUGAAAAAGCAAAGAAGGAUAUUGCUGCUGUGGGUAACCAUGCUGCUAAAUUGUUACAAUCCCUAGGCAAGGCACCUGAGUCAAUUUCAGAGAGAGAAUUGAAAUUGCUUUGCAGCAACUCAGCUUUUCUUCGAGUAGUGAGGUGUAGAUCUCUGUCUGAAGAGUAUGGUUUAAACACUUUUAACAAGGAUGAAAUAAUUUCCAAUAUGGAUAACCCAGACAGUGAAGUAGUGCUGUACUUGAUGCUACGGGCUGUUGAUAGAUUUUAUAAGCAGCAUGGUAGAUAUCCAGGUGUCUACAACUAUCAGGUAGAAGAUGAUAUUGGAAAAUUGAAAUUGUGCCUUACAAGUUUCUUACAAGAACAUGGAUUGUCUGUAGUGGUGAAAGAUGACUAUGUUCAUGAAUUUUGUCGCUAUGGAGCUGCUGAGCCACAUGCUAUUGCUGCCUUCCUGGGAGGAGCUGCUGCUCAGGAGGUCAUUAAAGUCAUUACAGGACAAUUCGUAAUUUUUAAUAACACCUAUAUUUACAAUGGAAUAUCACAGACUUCAGCAACUUUCCAGCUGUAGAAUAACCAUCUCACAUUUGUUGCCACCAGGCUGUGCUGCUGUGUUCUGUAAAUACUGUGGUGGUUUGCCACUGACUGGACUGCUCUGUAUUACCUGCAAAAUUAAAGUUCUUUUGUUUGUAAUGAU